AUGGCGGUGUCUCCGGCGGGGCGUACGCCCGAGGUGUCGCUGCUGGGAAGCGGCGUCUCGCCUGAUCGCGCGCUGAACCGCGGCACGCUGGCCGCCCGCUGGACCGCCAACGGGCGCGCCGUGACGUCACCGGUGCCGAGCUACGUGGCCGAGUUUGUGACGGUGCGGGAGUGGCGCACCAGCGGCGGGCGCGUCUUCUUCCCCGGGCAGGAGCACGCCGUCUCGCAGCAGUACGCCUCGGGCGUGAUCGACCAGUACGUCAUCGUCGGCAACGCGGCCGUGCUGCAGUGUCAGAUCCCCAGCUUCGUGGCCGACUUUGUUUCGGUCAAGUCGUGGGAGGACAACGCCGGCGGCACGUACUAUCCGACGUCGCACCACGUCGUUUCGCAGGCGUACUCCGUCGAAAUCGACAACGAGUUGGUGGUGCGGGGAAACGCGGCGGCGCUGCAGUGUAAGGUGCCCAGCUUCGCCGCCGACUUUGUGCAGGUGGCGUCCUGGCAGGACGGCGACGGCGUCUCGUACUUCCCGUCGCAACGCUACGUCGUGUCGCUCGCCUACCGCUCGGAGACCGAGAACGAGUUCGUGGUGCGGGGAAACGCGGCCGCGCUCCGCUGUAAGGUGCCCAGCUUCGUGGCCGACUUUGUGCAGGUGGCGUCCUGGCUCGACAGCGACGGCGUCUCGUACUUCCCGUCGCAGCGCUACGCCGUCACCCAGCCGUACGAGGCGAGCGUCGAGCGCGAGUAUGUGAUCCGCGGCAACGCGGCCACCAUGCGCUGUCAGAUCCCCAGCUUCGUGGCCGACUUUGUGACGGUGCAGUCGUGGCUCGACUCCGCGCAGGCCUCCUACUUCCCGUCGACCCAGUACGCCGUCACCCAGCCGUACGACACGGACCCCGGGAAGAAGUACGUCAUCGUCGGCAACAGCGGCGUGCUGCGCUGCGACGUGCCCAGCUUCGUGGCCGACUUUGUGCGCGUGCAGUCGUGGGUCGACUCCAGCGGCGCCACGUACUUCCCCUCUGACCGCUACGACGGCAAGUACCUGGUGCUGCCCUCUGGCGAGCUGCACAUCCGCGACGUGACGCCCGAGGACGGCUUCAAGUCGUUCCGCUGCCGCACCGUGCACCGGCUGACGGGCGAGACCCAGCUCAGCGCCACCGAAGGUCGCCUCGUCGUCUCAGAGCCGAGCGGCAGCAGCGCGCCCCGCCUGGCGGCCACACAGAGGAACUACGAGUUUGUCCGCGGUCCGGCGCAGGUGGCGCUGGUGAUGUCCUGUGACGCGCAGUCGCACCCGCCGCCAGCACACAGGUGGUUCAAGUUCGACGAGGGCAGCUCGCGCCGCCGCCCGGUGCCGCUGGACGACCGCGUGCGCCAGGUGGCCGGCACGCUCAUCAUCCGCGAGGCGCGCGUCGCCGACUCUGGCAAGUACCUGUGCGAGGUCAACAACACCGUCGGUGGCGAGAGCGUCGAGACUGUGCUCACCGUCACGGCGCCGCUGUCGUCCAGCAUCACGCCGCAGUCCCAGGUGGUCGACUUCGGCAAGCCGGCCCAGUUCACCUGCGCCUACAAGGGCAACCCCGUCAAGACCGUGUACUGGAUGAAGGACGGCGUCAAACUAGAUACGCACGAGCCGACGCUGUCCAUCAGUAGCGUGACCAAGGCCGACAAGGGCAUGUACCAGUGCUUCGUGACGAACGACCAGGAGAGCGCACAGGCUACCGCGGAGCUCAGGCUGGGCGGCAAAUUCGACCCGCCGGCGCUGGUCGAGGUGUUCGAGGCCAAGCAGCUGAAGCCGGGCCCGUCCAUCCACCUCAAGUGCGCCGCCACCGGCGACCCCACCCCCGAGAUCACCUGGUUCGUGGACGAGACCAAGAUGAGCAGCCGGGACCGAUUCCAGGUGGGCCAGACGGUGCGGUCGUCAGGCACGGUCGUCUCCUAUCUGAACGUCACCAACAUCCUCACCAACGACGGCGGACUCUUCAAAUGCGAAGCCACAUCCAAGGUGGGGUCGGUGGCACACCAGGCUCGUAUCGACGUCCGCGGCGUGCCCUACGUCAAGCCGAUGAAGAAGAUGUCUGUGGUGGCGGGCCAGACGCUGAUGAAGACCUGCCCCGUGGCCGGCCACCCCAUCGACAGCAUCACCUGGGAGAUGAACGGCCGGGUGCUGCCCAGCAACGCGCGCCAGAAGGUACACCCCAACGGCACCCUGUUCGUGGAGAAUGUGCAGCGGCUGUCCGACCAGGGCACCUACACCUGCGUGGCGCGCAACUCGCGCGGCUACAUGGCCAGAGCCAACCUGGAGGUGCUCGUCAUGGAGCCCCCACAGAUCGUUCCGUUCGCGUUCGACGCCAACCUGCGCGUCGGCGACCUGGUGUACGCCUCGUGCGUGGUGCGCUCCGGCGACUCGCCGCUGCAGCUGCGCUGGCUCUUCAAUGGCAAGCCUCUGACGAGCUCCACGGGAGUGCAGAUCGUAACGGCUGGCUCGCGGGCCAGUUUUCUUUCGAUCGAGUCAGUGGGCGCGGCACAUAGCGGGCUGUACACGUGCACAGCCACGAACGCGGUCGGCGAGGCGUCACACUCGGCACGGCUCGUCGUCAAGGUGCCCCCGCGCUGGAUCAUCGAGCCCACCGAGAAGGAGUUCGCUCUGGGCACCACGGCCGAGAUUCAGUGCAAGGCGGACGGCUUCCCCAAGCCGCAGAUGGUCUGGAAAAAGGCGGCCGGCUCGCGGCCGGAGGACUACCGCGACCUCGGCCAGUCGGACAGCAACAUCCAGGUGCGCGACGACGGCACGCUGGUGAUCAGCAGCAUCCAGAAGCGCGACGAGGGCUACUACCUGUGCGAGGCCGACAACCAGAUUGGGCCCACCCUCUCGGCCGUCAUCUAUGUCAACGUUCAGGCGCCGCCGCAUUUCGAGAUCAAGCUGCGCAACCAGACGGCGCGUCUGGGCGACUCGGCCGUGCUGGUGUGUGAGGCCAAGGGCGAGCGACCGAUCAGCAUCACCUGGAGCCGGGACGGCGUGCCGCUGAGCGCGCGCGAGCCGUCGCCGCGCUACACCAUCCGGCAGCAGGCCACCGACGGCGGCGCCGGCUCCGACCUCAGCCUGCAGGAGACCAGCCGCCGCGACUCGGCCACCUACACCUGCCGCGCCUCCAACGCCUUCGGCACCGACAACACCACCAUCAACCUGAUCGUGCAGGAGAAGCCGGAGGUGCCGUUCUCCAUCAAGGUGCAGAACAAGUCGGGCCGCACGGUGGAGCUCUCUUGGACGGCCCCGUACGACGGCAACUCUGAGAUCUCCCGCUACAUCAUCGAAUACAAGCUGGCCAAAAACGAGUGGGACACCCGCAGCAUGGAGCGCGUGCUGAUCCCGGGCAAGAUGCCGGUGGUGUCCGUGCAGGACCUGCGGCCGGCCACCACCUAUCAGAUGCGCAUCAUCGCUGAAAACGAGGUGGGCACGUCCGAGCCCUCCGAGCUGGUGACCAUCAUGACGUCAGAGGAAGCUCCGGCCGGCCCGCCCACGGACGUGGUGGUGGCCCCGCUCGACCGCGGUCUGCUGGUCACCUGGAAACAGCCCGAACAGCACCUGCUGAACGGCGAGGUCACGGGCUACUACGUGGGCCACCGGCUGGCCGACAGCGACGACAGCUUGUCCUUCCAGACGUUCGAGUUCACCAGCGAGGCCAGCCGCAAACACGAAAUCCGCAUCACUAAACUCGAGGAGUUCCGCGAGUACGCGGUGGUGGUGCAGGCGUUCAACGGCCAGGGCUCGGGACCCCAGUCGGGCGAGGUGCGCCAGUUCACGGCCGAGGGCGCGCCCUCGGAGCCGCCUCAGGCCAUCACCUGCCGCACACUCACCUCCGACUCGAUCCGCGCCAGCUGGACGCCGCCGCCGGCCGACUCCACCAACGGCAUCGUGGCGGGCUACAAGGUCAUGUACGGCCCCAGCAGCACCUGGUACGACGACAGCACGAUUGACAUGGCCAAGUCGGACGUCGACCGAGGCGCUGCUCACCGGUCUGCGCAGUUCACCGAGUACAACAUCACCGUGCUGGCGUACACGGGCGGCGGCGACGGGCCCCGUAGCCGCUCCGCCAUCUGCCGCACCGAGGAAGACGUGCCCGAGCCGCCGGCGGACAUCAAGGCGCUGCCCAUGUCGCCCGACAGCAUUCUCGUCAGCUGGCGCGAGCCGGCCCAGCCCAACGGCGUCAUCAAGCGCUACACUGUCUACUUCAAGGAGGAGGGCAGCCGAGAGCCCCAGAUGCACCGCGUGACGCCCUUCCAGCUGUCCUACCGCGCCAGCGGCCUCAAGAAGACGCAGAAGUACCAGUUCUGGGUGAAGGCAGAGACGAGCAUGGGCGAGGGCGACGCGUCCCAGAUGGUCACCUUUCCGGCGAGGAUCGCGUCCUUCGACGACGAGCACGUGGUGAACUUCCAGCAUGACGCCAAGCUGCCGUGCCAGGCGGUGGGCUUCCCGCAGCCCACCAUCACCUGGCAGGUGGACGGCAAGCCGUUCAAGUCCAACGAGCGCAUGCGCAUCCUGCCAGAGGGCUCCCUGCAGAUCCGCAGUGUGGAGCGCAGCGACCGCGGCGAGUACUCGUGCAUCGCCAAGAACCAGUUCGAGGACACCGUCUCCCACCGGCUCAUCGUGCAGGCGCCGCCCCACCCGCCCGAGGUGCUGCUCAUCGGCUCCUCCAACAACUCGAUCGAGGUGCGCCUCAAGCCGCGUGAGCACGUGUCGGUGCCGUUGUACGGCUUCACGUUGCACUACAAGGCGGCGUUCGACGACUAGACUGUCCAAGUGGCCAAGAAGGCCCGCGCCUUCACUCUGGAGAACCUGUGGUGCGGAACAAAGCACCAGAUCUACGCCACCGCGUUCAACGGGGUCGGCCCCCGGGAGCAGUCUGCCAUCCUGACCACCCGCACCAAGGGCCAGGCGCCCACGCUGCCGGCCGCCGACCGGUUCAUGCGCGUGCUGGCGCGCAGUGUCGAGCUGCACCUUAAGACCUGGGAGAACGGCGGCUGCCACCUCCUCUACUUCGUGGUGGAGUGCACAAGAAGCGUACCUGUUCGCACGCUCGACGAGGAGGGAGGAACCGUCGGGCCGCCGCUGGUGCGCGCCGCCGACGCCGACUGGUGGGACCGGAUGCCCGGCUGGAUGCCCGACCUCAACAUACUCGUGCCGGCCGCCUGCGGCCUGGUGGUGCUGCUCGUCGGACUCUGCGUGCUUUGCGUCUACCUGAGCUCGCGGCAGCGCGGCGGUGCGCAGCGCUUCAAAGACGACACCCAGUACACCGGCCCGCCGCCGUACCCGAACCGGCUCUACAACGAGGAGCUCGGCUACAUCGCUCCCCCGAACCGCAAAGCUGCCGCCCAUCCCGGCUCCAACUACAGCACCCUCGGCUCGCAGGUCAAGCGCAUGCCCGGAGUGGUGGGACCGAACGGCGAGGAGGAGAUCGCCCCGUACGCCACCUUCCACCUGCUGGGCUUCCGUGAGGAGAUGGACCCGUCCGGGCCGGAGCAGCCGCCGGCCGGCUUCCAGACGAUGGCCGCCCGUCCGGCGCAGCAGGGCCAGCCGGGCCGGCAGCAGGCCCGCAGCGCAGCUCGCUGGGCGGCGCCGCCUCCAUGUUCUCCGCCCACCUACGACGACCCGGCGCGCUCCGACGACGAGGCCAACUACAACGGCAGCCAGUACAGCGGCGGCGGCCCGUACGCCGCGCUCGACGACACUUCUAGCCGCACGGGCACCGCCCGGCGCAACGACAGCCCGCAGUUUGGAAAGGACGGCAGACCGGCGGACGAGACCCGCAAACUUCUGGACAGCGACAAGGAGCAGAACGAGGCCCGCCGGCCGCACGUGACCGCGCAGAAUGGCCUGGUGCAGUACGACACGGUGAACGUGUGAGCGGCGCGACCCGGCC